UUUGCAACAAUGAUCUGGAUGGGAUCCACUUGUGUUCUUUCUUUUACCUUAUUUUUUGCCCACAUUGCAGCUGUAUCGAUUAAGCAUCUUCCUGAAGGAGAUGUAUCAGAUUCAGAUUUUGAUGAACAGAAGGACAUUUCAGAAAUCAAUUUAGCUGCAGGCCUGGACCUCUUUCAAGGGGACAUCCUUCUGCAGAAUUCCAGGAAUGCCCUGAGAAACCCAACCUCCAGAUGGAAGUUCCCUAUUCCUUACAUCCUGGCUGACAAUCUGGAUCUGAAUGCUAAAGGAGCCAUUCUCUAUUCCUUUGAAAUGUUCCGCCUCAAGUCCUGUGUGGAUUUCAAGCCCUAUGAAGGAGAGAGCUCAUAUAUCAUAUUUCAACAAUUUAGUGGUUAAUGCUGGUCUUCAGUCGGUGACCAACAUGUGGGACAGAACCUGUCCAUUGGCCAAGGCUGUGACUAUAAGGCCAUCAUUGAACAUGAGAUCCUGCAUGCUUUGGGAUUUUACCAUGAGCAGUCCAGGACUGAUCGGGAUGAUUAUGUGAAUAUCUGGUGGGAUGAAAUUAUUCCAGGUUACCAGCACAACUUUAACACCUACGAUGACAGCUUCAUCACAGACCUCAAUACACCCUACGAUUAUGAGUCCGUAAUGCAUUAUGCACCUUUCUCAUUUAAUAAGAAUGAAAGUAUCCCUACCAUCACGGCCAAGAUUCCCGAGUUUAACUCCAUCAUUGGGCAACGCCUGGAUUUAAGUGCCAUCGAUUUAGAGAGACUGAACCGAAUGUACAACUGCACCGCAACUCACACCCUUUUGGACCACUGUGCUUUUGAGAUGACAAACAUUUGUGGGAUGAUUCAGAGCACUCGAGAUGAUGCUGACUGGGUCCACGAGGAUGGCACUCAGAAUGGACACUUGGACCACACCUUGGUGGGACAAUGCACAGGCGCCGGCUUCUUCAUGUACUUCGACACCAGCUCAGGGGAAACAGAAGAGGCAGCCCUGCUGGAGUCUCGAAUUUUUUACCCAAAGAGGAAGCAGCAGUGCCUUCAGUUUUUUUAUAAAAUGACAGGAAGCCCUUCAGAUAGACUGGUGGUCUGGGUCAGAAGGGACGACAGCACUGGCAAUGUGCGCAAGCUGGUCAAGAUGGAGACCUUCAAAGGAGAUUCUGACCAUAAUUGGAAAAUUGCUCACGUGACACUGAAAGAGGAAAAGAAAUUUCGCUAUCUCUUCCAGGGCACAAAGGGUGACCCUCAGAACUCAAAUGGGGGCAUUUACCUGGACGACAUCACUCUCACGGAAACUCCCUGCCCCACCGGGGUUUGGACAGUACGGAAUAUCUCCCAGGUCCUUCAGAACACAAUUAAAGGGGACAAACUUCAGAGCCCUCGAUUCUACAAUUCAGAGGGAUAUGGUUUUGGGGUGACCUUAUAUCCCCACAGCAGAAUAACCUCCAGUAGCUCUGACUACUUGGGAAUUGCUUUCCACCUGUGCAGUGGGGAAAAUGAUGCCAUCUUGGAAUGGCCAGUGAUUAACAGACAGGCAAUAAUGACAAUCCUCGACCAGGAAACGGAUGUUAGAAGAAGGAUGUCCGUAAGCCUGAUGUUCACCACCUCUGAGUCCCAUACGUCUUCAGCAAUAAAUGACUCUGUAAUCUGGGACAGGCCAUCUCUGGUGGGCGACUACGAUAAGGACUGUGAUUGCUUUAGAACCCUUGACUGGGGCUGGAGUCGCUCCAUCUCCCACCAAAUGCUGACAAGGAGGAGUUUCCUUAAAAACGAUGACCUCAUAAUUUUUGUGGACUUUGAAGAUCUCACCCACCUGAACCAGACGGAAGUUCCCAUCAAAGAGGAAAGGUUGAUCCCUCGAGGCCUCAUCCUUCAAGGCCAGGAGCAGCAGAUUUCAGGAGAAGGUUCCAGAGAAGCCAUGUUAGAGGAAACCCUACCUGACAGCCGGGGCCAGAAGCUGCUGGGACGACAAAAGCGGUCAGUGGAGAACACAGGCCCCAUGGAGGACCACAACUGGCCACAGUACUUCAGAGACCCUUGUGACCCGAACCCUUGCCAAAAUGAAGGAAUCUGUGUGAACGUGAAGGGCAUGGCGAGCUGCAGGUGCAUCUCUGGACACGCCUUCUUCUACACGGGGGAGCGAUGUCAGGCCAUGCAGGUGCACGGCAGCGCCCUGGGUCUGAUGAUUGGAGGUACCGGUGCUGUGAUCGUCUUGACCUUUGCCAUCAUCUCCAUCAUGCUCCAAAGGCCAAGGCAGUGACCCACCUGCUGUCGCCAGCCAUUCUGCAGGAGCCCCUUCCCUGCUCACAACGUCCUUCCCCUGCCAGUGCAG